GCCUAAUCUAAUUUGGGGCCUUAUGGGGACGCGGGACAAAAGUCCCACCGGAAGUAGUUGUCUGGUUGGCAAAGUAUUGAUCGAAGAUUUGCCCAAACGAGCUAUUUCUCACAAUGACAUACGUGAUUGGUUAAAAAAGUAUGGAUGCAUUUCAGUAAAUAAAUAUAUUCUCACCUGUAAUUCAGACGGAAAAACAAUAACAGCUGGGAGAGAAAUCGAUUAGGAUGCCCCAUGAUUUCAAAGAGGAUGAGGUAGGUAAACAGGGCACUAUCGAGAGCCGUUUGAGGAAGUUGUUAGUGAAGCUAUUUCUAAGGGCAGUUGAUAUAUCAGUAAAUUUCGAGAUAACUGUAUUCUAAAUAGAAGAUAGAUCUCAGAUGCACAACACAUAAAACUGACUCCCACACUUGGCUGUUCUGUGACUUCAAAAUAGUAUUUGAUUCUGUCAGUAGAAAGGCCUUAAGACGUAAAGAAUGAACAACUACUACGGUGUCCUCAGAAUUCAUAAGAAACUGUGAUCGGAAUUGAUACAAACCUGUUCUAAUCAUCAGCGGCAUUAACCUCUGCCAAUCCUGUCCAUCUUUGCCAUGAAUAAUCUACUAAACGUAACUUUUCAAGAGUUGGUCACCAAAUACUGGUAAGUUUUAGCAAAUAAAUUGAAUGGUUUUCAUGUGUUUGGGGUUUGAAAAAUGCAAAAUAAUGUCACUUAACCGGUCUGUAUUGAACCAUAGUUCAACACGUUGAGGUAAUGUGUUGUGUUAUUCACAUUAUGGUCUCGUAGAGCUGCAAAGUUCUUCCCUUAAAGAUAUAGGAAAAGUUUGAGGAUUGGCUACAUGCCUUGUAUCACUAUACUGAUAUCCACGUGUGCUUCUGUAUCCAGUACCGUGUAUAGUUUGUUGUGAUACACAGCUGCCAAGUCUGACCGUCAAAUAGCAACAACAAAACCAAUUGCAUCAAUAUUUCAGUGAUUCACUUCGUAGCGGAAAUAUAGAAUAAAUAUAUAUUUUUUAAGAAUUAGCUUGGGCCGUUGAAGAAUACCCAAUUGUUUUUAACUGGAGUAAGUACACCGAAGAGACUAAACCUAGCCUCAGGCUGCUAAGCUUCUAGCUGUACAAUCUUCCUGAAGUUGUUUAGAUGCUAGGCGGAUGAAUUUAAGACCUGGUCCAAAUAACCAUGUUCCUUGUCACUCAAAAAAAUGUUGAUAGGGGCAAACGAAAAUAAAUAAAGGUAAUACUACUUACAGUUGUUAAAAGCUAAAUAUAAAAAGCUUAAAAAACGGAACUAGGGAAAGAAAAGUAAUGAAUAAUCUCGUAUCUAGAGAUUGGUUAAAGGUGAACAAUAAAUGCGUAAGUUACUUUCUUCAGUAUUAAGGUAGUGAGUUUUAUAGUUUGUAAUAUUUGCUGGGGUUAAACUUAUAUUUUUAUUUGCCAACUGUGUUGGUGUUCUGAUUAUUCCAAUUACAGCAUAACGCGUACUGAUCGGCGUACAGUUCAUCCACUAAACUGGCUAUCAGAAGUUGCUGAACGAGACAAAAAGCUAAAUGGAUCCAGUCUUCUUGGUCCUGCCGAUAAAUCAACUGAAAAACCUAUCGUUAAAUCACCACCUUAUAUGGUGGCAAUAAUAACCGUCCAGCAUGAUCUUGUUCCAUAUGCUGAAAUUAUAGAACAACGUGUCACUAAAAGUCUAACUACACCAGGAAGUCCUUCUGUUACUCAUAUAGUAGUUCUACUGUCUGUAGAUCAUCUUAGCCCAUGCCUAGCUGACCUUACCAAGGAUGGUGUUCCGUUCGCGAUCAUUUGCACUAUGACUAAUUGGGCACACAACUCGUGCACAUUACGCAUUCUUUACGCUCCAACCCAACAAGCAGAGCAUCGUAAUAUGCCUUUGGAUGAUGCAUUAAUCCUACUUCAUCGAGAAUACUCUGCAUAUACGACAAGCAGUAAAGAAGAGGUUGAUACUGCUCCUCCAGACGAUGCCAAUUUUUUGCCACCUAGUCGCCAUUUAGCUUCCCUACUUCAUAUGCUGGCUGAUUCUCGUGUUCUAAGUGUUGGAGAGUUAGACGAGAUCACUGUUUUUGUCCAGGAGCGAAAGCGUCGUCUGGAAGGCCGACGAAAUGCCAACAGUGAUGCCGGUGCAUGCAGUGAAAAUACAGCUGAGCUCAAGUCAAGAAUCUUAAGCAUGCUUUAUCCUCAGCCUGUUAGCUCUACUGUAACUACAAACACUGCUUCUUCCAAUGUACCAGUUGACGCGGCUCAUCAAACUCAAGAUUUAACAGCUACUAGUAUUGGAAGUAAAUUAGCUGAAAACUUGACUAACCCUAUUGUACAAAAAGCCAUAGAUACGUUAAUGUCAUAUCCUUCAAACUCUGUGCCUCAAACUGCAACGCAAAAGUCGCUUAGCGCUAUGGAUACACAAAAUAUGCAAUCUAAGAACUCUUUUCGCAACAAUAUAAAGCCUCAUUCUUCUUUAGCGAUUGCUGCAUAUUCACCCAGUUGCAUGAAACAGCCUACCAGUUGGAGCUAUGAAGAUAAUGGUUUUCGACCAAGUCGACCACUAAUUUCCAAUGACUUUAGUCAGCAUAUCCCUUAUGGACAGCAUACCAGACCUAGCAUGAUCCAGCAGCGUGAAUAUCCCAGUGACGAAUCACGUAAGGGUCCUGGUUUCAUAGAACAUGGAGUUCAAAGAGGCGCUUAUCACUCCGAAUUUGAAGUAAAUGAACCAGUUCUUGAUUCAAAUGAAGAGUUCACAGAAGAAAGUGCUUAUCCAGGUUGGCCUAGGAGAAAACGAAAAAAACGAGGUUGUAAAGCUCCCUCAGGCGAUUCAUAUCAAUAUCUUGACCCUAAGAGUUAUGCACGUCAAAACGUUGACCAGCAAUCUCAACAACCUGUAGAUCUUAUGUCUACGGAGGUUCAUCCAGUCGGUACUGUAGCUGAAGCGUAUAAAUAUUCUCAAGCUAACCCCCUCAUAUUCAAUCCGGGAGUCCGUGGUAGAUCUCAAAGAAUAACCGGUGGGAGUUCAUCUUAUGACAAUUACAAUUAUCAAUCAUUUGGACCGCAUCAGCCGAAUAAUUUGAAUCUUCAUACCCAAUCUUAUGGUUAUCCCAAUCCAUCUUCAUUUUUUUAGCACUUUUACGAGUAAAAUUUGUGUCCUGUAAGAUUAGUUCAGUUUUUUCCAACAUAUUUACAUUCGAACAUAUUUUGUUAAAUGUUAUUGUAAUUAAUUUUUUAAACAAAGCGUUCUGCUCAUAUUAACUUUGCUGGGAAAACGAAAAAAAGCAAAGAGGAUACAAACAAACCUCUAUAAUUUCCUUUCUAUUUAAAAAUGGGUUGAUUUUUUCAGUGUUUGUAUUAUUGUACCGCGUCAUCCUGUGUUGUUUAUUAGAAUUCAUCAUUUGCAACAUCUGGCUAAAAUAACAACAUAAUUCGCUUU